AUGGCGUCGUCAUCAGAAGACUCAGAAACAUCUUUGUUUACAAUAGACAAUGCAGCGACACAGUUUGGUAAUUCAGUGCAACAGCGACAUUCUUUUGCCUCUACUAAAUUUUCGGUAUUGCAGUUACCACAAUUGCACCUAGAAAAGGUAUACAGUGUACUUUAGUUGUGGUCUUUUGAAAAAUCCAAUGUGAAUAUGGCGGCCACACAAUAUUUACAAAUAGAAAAUUGUUUGACUUAUCUUACCAAGAGCUCACUGGGUUUUCUCCGCUUAAUCGAAGACUUAAUUCUUCUAUUUCCCGCGUAUGUUGUUCUUGUCUUUGCAUAUAUUCUUCGACCCACGAAUCGUCAGCUAAAGGCUCAUCAGCGUAUGCUAAAACGUCCUCAUCGUCUCGUAGUUCUUCCUCAACGGCAUACGAAGGCUCACUUUCAUAUCCAUCAUUGGACGUCGUUUCGCAUGUUUCAUCCUCAAUUUCGUAUUCAGGGCAACCGUACGAGCCCUCGUCAGAACUAGAGAACGAUUCUGAGCUAGACAUAACAAUUUACCUCUGAAAUAUUUGCGUUUUUGUCAGCCGCUAAGCAAAAACGUAAUAGAUUUUAUAGUAUUUGACUAAAGACCGGUUCCUGAGUCCCAGUCCCCCGAGCAACACACCUUUUUUUCCAAAAUGCCCUGUUUGAGGCCCGAUAUCUCAGAAACUAUUGUUUUAUAUAAAAAAAGGAUCUAGACUUUCUAUACUAACUUUUUGUGCUCUUUCCAAAUCCAUAAAAAUCCCAUGAGUGAUAUAGGCACUUUAAGGAAAAAGUGAAUACAAUACUAGCAAUACAACUGCAUUGCUGCAAGAUAUACUCGUGCCAUUGGCAUAUCUAUAUCAAAUAUCAUCAUACUAGCAAUACAUUGCGGAUAUAAUACCGUGCCAUUUGCGUACUCCCAUUAAAUUUUCUCCUUAAAAUUCAAACUUUGGGCACUAUUUUACAAAUUUACGUCAAUCAACUUUUCAGCUGUAUUUUACCCACCAAUCAAGCUACAGUAUAUAGCCCAAGGAAUUGAAUAUGAUUUUCAGUUCAUAGACACUUGAAGCUUGGCAAUAGCAUUUAAUUAUCACAUUAGUGAUUAAUUAUACACAUUAAUUAUUCAACCUGUAAUUUCUAUACAGAAUAGUUGACAGUUGUCAAAAGCUGUAACCAUAAAAUACAAAACAAUGGACACUCCGAAAACUGUUAACAUUAUUUGUCCGCUAAGACAGCUUUUUUGGUUGAUAUAGGCCAUAUAGAUGGUGACGUCAUGUUGUCAUGGUAACAUGAAGAGUAGCGAUUGUGGGUUAAAAUUACUUUUUUAUAUCAGAGGAAACAAUGGCUUGUGCAAAAAAAUAGUUGUUUUAGCUUUUAGUUUAAAACACUGAUAUAUAUUGGAAACUGUAGGGAGCCUCCUUAAGAGAUAACUCUUCAUUGUUUUGUAUUUGGUAACCUGUAACGUUUGGCUAUCAGACCAUGCUAGCGUAACAAGACUGACGGUGGAACAAGUGCUUAAAACUUUGCGGGUGGCUUGAAAGCAACUUUUAUUUAUUGUAUGGUAGUAUAUGAUUAUUAUAUGCUCAUUUGCAUGGUCACGAGUUUUUGGGUACUUGGUUAUUAAUAUUUCAUGAACAAGGACAAAUUCAUCUAACAGGUAAUUGGUUUAUUACAGGCUACAGUUCUGCAUCGAUUUGCGCCUGGCACCAGGAGCUCGCCUGUUUCUUCGCCCAGCACUAGUGUAGCAACUUGUUCCCCUUGUCUUGACGGACCUGACGCCACUCGCUCUCUCUCGUCGCCGUUGCCUGGCCCUAGUGGAAAAACUAUCAGUUCACCCAUCUCACCAACGUUCAGUGUAAGCGGUUUAUCGUCACCAAGUAUUUCUUCGCCGGCUUCAUUUGUUUCGAUUCGAGACAGCCCACUAGUAAGAUUUCCUCGGUCGCCAGUCCCUCAAAAGAGAAUAAAGCUCUCCAGUGCAGCAAGAAGCCUGACUUCCUCUUAUACACAGCCGUAUGUCCCGCCUUCCUCAAAGGAAAUUUCAAAAAUAUUUUGUAUUUGUACGAGAAUAGAAAACAAGGUCGAUCGCCUUACUGAAAUAAUUAUAGAGAACAGCGAGCAGGAUGGGGGAAAUUUUGAUCGUCUUGACGGCGAUAUAAUGACCAUACACAACGAAGUCAACUUAGAGACAUCGCUGAGUGAACAGUCCUCUGUGACUGGGAUCUCAGAUAAUAACCAAGUGCGAAUGAUCCAUGAUAAUAUCCUCCAGCUCAGAAAUCAAUCUAGUUCCGCUACCAGUUUUGCUGUUAAGCUGGUCAGGCAGAUGUUCGAACCGCAUGAACUGGUCGGAAGAAAUGUUAGCGGCGUUCGCGGAAAGAAACCGCUAGACGGGAGCAAAAUUGGGAAAAUUAAAGAAACUGUGAACCAGUUUUAUCCCGCUCCAACUGCUGAAGCACUUGAGACCUGGAAAAACUGUAGAAAAGCGAUUGACUCCUUCCUUCGAAAAACACACAGCGCGUCAACAUCAACAGCGACAAAUAAUUCUUGA